GACAUUUAAUUCGGGCUGGCUUACAGGUUCAGAGGUUCAGUCCAUUAUCGUCAAGGUGGGAGCAUGGCAGCAUACAGGUGGGCAUGGUGCAGGAGGAGCUGAAUUCUACAUCUUCACCCAAAGGAAGCCAGGAACAGACUGAGCAUCCUCAGGCAGCUAGGAGGAGGGUCUCCAAGCCCAUCCCCACAGUGACACACCCUCCAACAAGGCCACACCUUCUAAUAGUGCCACUCCCUGGGCCAAGCAUAUGCAAACCAUCACAGUGCGUUAUGACAUCAUCCUACAUUUUCUAUCACUCAUUUUAAAAGAAAUACUUUUAGUUUUUCUCCAGUCAGUAUAAUGGAUUCUGUAGCUCCUUUUUUUUAUUGGUUAUUUUAUUUACUUACAUUUCAAAUGUUAUCCCCCUCCCAGUUUGCCCUCUGAAAAUCCCCUAACCCAUCUUAUCGCCCUCCCCCUGGUUUUAUGAGGCUGCUCCCCAUCUAUCCAUCCACUUCAGCCUCGCUGCCCUAGCAUUCCCCUAUGCUGGGGAAUCAAGCUUUCCCAGGACCAAGGGCCCCUCUCCCAUUGAUGCCAGACACUGCCCUCCUCUGCAGCAUAUGCAGCUGGAGCCAUGGAUCCCUCCAUGUGUGCUCUUUGGUUGGUGGUUUAGUCCCUGGGAGCUCUGGGAGUCUGGUUGGUUGAUGUUGUUGUUCUUCCUAUGGGGUUGCAAACCCUUUCAGCUCCUUCAGUCCUUCCCCUAACUCCUCCAUUGGGGUCCCCAUGCUCGAUCCAAUGGUUGGCUGCAAGCAUCCUCAUCUGUGUCACUAAGGCUCUGGAGAGCCUCUCAGGGGACACCCAUAUCGGGCUCCUGUCAGCAAGCACUUCUUGGCGUCCAUAGUAGUGACUGGGUUUGGUGGCUGCAUGUGGGCCACAGAUGUUUCUGUGGGGACAGCAAGUCACCCCGGGGCACUCCAGGGUGCCCUUACCCCUGAGACUGCUCAGAUCUCCAUGUGACGACAGACACAGGAUCGACAGGAAGAUGACAUGAAGAGACCGCUUCUGAACAAGGAACGUUAGAGCUUAAAAAGUAGCCGGGCCCAGCACACAUGCGAUCAUAAGCCCUGCACUGGGUAGGUCGAGGGAGGAGUCAGCCUCAGCUACACAGUGACUUGGAGGCUAGCCUGGGCUAUAGGAGACCCAGUCUCACAAACAAAAAGAUCCAGGGAUGAGAAGUUGCUUCAGAAUUCACAUCCAUCAAUCCCAUGGGGACAGCGAGGCCUCCGACCACCCAUAAAAGAAAGGUGGUGUCUACAAUACUGUGGCUUCACUGGCAGGGACUAGACUUGGUCUUGGAAGGAGUCCAGGUCACAUGUCACAUCCCACCCUUCCUGAGAGCCCCUCCCUCCUGGCCUGGAAGUUCAAAGUCAGCUGGAGACAAAGGCUGGCUGGCGUCCCAGACACACUUCCAAAUGCACUUCAACCGAUAUCCCUGUGGCCGAUGCGACAUGUUGGGACAUGCCUGGGCACCUCAGCUCUGGUCCUAGGUCCCUAACAGGAUAUUAGAGGCUGUCUACCUCAGGAUGCAGAACAUCCACAGAGCCUGGGUGACGGUUCACUGUAGGUUCUAGGUCCCCGGUGGGCCAUGUGUGUGGCAAACACCUGUCCGACUCCCAGCACUUAGGAAGCUGAGGCCAGAGAAUUAGGAGUUCACAUGAGGCCAACCUGGAUUACAGAAUGAGUUCAAAUGGCCAGCCUGAGCUACCUGAGACCCUGUCUCAAAAAGAACAACAACAAAUACUCUCAAAAUUUUAGAGUCUCUAAAUUUUUAGUCUAAAAAAAAUCAGAGUUCUGGACAGCAGCACGUGUCCUGACGAGCUCUCUCUACCCCCAGUCAGCCAGCCUGAUCCCAGCCUGUGAUCCCAGCAGCAGCCCGCAGAGCAGCCCCAGCUGCAGCGUCAUGGCACGGUGGCAGAUGGCACCUGUCAGGACACGGCCAUUGGCCAUUGUAGGCUACAAGGAUUUGCCCUCCAUCUGGGCUGCCAUCCCUGGGAAGAACUUCGUUAGCAUUACACUUGCUGAGUUUGGUCUCAUGGUAGGCAAAGACUGGUCAAGUUUUUUCAUGAAUAGCUUGACGCUUGGGGGCCAAAAAAUGUUCUGUGAUCCAGGACUCACUGCUGCAAGUCGGGGAAUUUACAAUGGGUCUUCAUACCAAGAGCACUGGAGGAACCCCCACCUUCAAUGUCACUGCACCAUGACUGCCAAGAUGCUCCUGCUGAUGGGCAAAGAAGGUACCCACGGUGGUUGGAUCAACAACCACGGUGGUUGGAUGUUGUGAAAUGGCCUCUCACCUGCGGCACCCCCUUUUUUCCACACACACCAUUAUUUUUUGGGGUCGUUACCCCAUUUCCCUUAUUGCUGUCAAAACCACAUGGGGUCUGGGGCUGGACGGACAGGUACUUCCCCCUACCCAAACCCCCUCUCCUGGGUCUGGAAUACCCACACCAAGUUUGC